AUGAGUCCUACCAAUCAGCCAACACAAGAACAACUGGAUGAGUGGAAAGAAGGCUUUUCCUUGUAUGACAAGAAAGGCAACAGCACCGUAUCGUCUGCCAACUUGGGAGACUUGUUGCGUGGUCUUGGUCAGAACCCUACCCAAGCCGAAGUACUAGAACUUGUAAAAUCCGUGGGUGGAUCAGAACGCCAGGAAGUCGAUAUCGAUUUCGGUACCUUUUUGACGAUCCUUACGCGACCCGAUGGUUUCAAGCCUGCAGGCACAUCACAAGAGUUUAUCCAAGGCUUCCAAGUAUUUGAUAAGGAAGGAGAUGGCACCAUUUCAGCAGGUGAACUGCGCUACGUCUUGACCAAUCUCGGCGAAAAGCUUUCUGAAGAAGAAGUCGAUGAAUUGCUCAAAGAAGUCCAAGUCGGCAAAGAUGGCCGUAUCAAUUAUGUCGAUUUUGUCACCCUUAUCUUGUCCAACUGA